AUUGCGUUCACCAUUACCGAUAAUCCACUUGCUUCAUCAAAAUCCACGUCAUCAAACAAUUGCCAUUUUCUUGUUCGGACGCAAUUACGAUCUAAACAGGAAAUUAUAGCUCGCUUCUCAUUUUCUCGGUUGAAUUUUGUGUUUCAGGUUCCGAAGAGGUGACAAUCAUAUAUUUUGUUGCUUUUCUCGUUGUUUGAGGAAAUGAGCUCUACUAUGGAUUCGUAUGCUUUGAAGUCUGUGUCAGAUUUACCAGCACCUUUCCGCUCAACUUUUAGCUUCAGGUAUUUCAAUUCAUUGCAGAGUGAGUGCUUUGCUUCUUGUUUCCUCUCCAAUGUAAACAUGGUUAUCUCCGCCCCAACUGGAAGUGGUAAAACGGUGCUGUUUGAGCUAUGCAUCUUGAGGCUUCUCUCUAGGUUUCUUUCUCAGGAGGGAAAAUUUAUUCAUAUAAAGGGAACCCUAAAAACGGUCUAUAUUGCUCCAUCGAAGGCCUUGGUACAGGAGAAACUCCGGGAUUGGGACCGCAAACUUGGUUCUUGGGGGAUUAAUUGCUUGGAAUUGACAGGGGACAAUGAAUCAUAUAACAUAAGGAAUAUUCAAGAAGCAGACAUUAUUCUCACCACUCCUGAGAAGUUUGAUGCAGUGACCAGAUACCACAUACGAGAUGGUGGCUUGAGUUUCUUCAGUGAUAUUGCACUAGUACUUAUUGAUGAAGUUCACCUGUUAAAUGAUCCACGUGGAGCUGCUCUGGAGGCAAUUGUUAGUAGAAUAAAAAUGCUUUCUCGCAACCCUGAAAUGAAAUCAAGCCCUCUGUCAAAUGUUCGAUUCCUCGCUGUUUCUGCUACCAUCCCAAAUAUUGAGGACCUUGCGGAAUGGCUUAUGGUUCCUGUCGAAGGCAUUAAAAGUUUUGGAGAGGAAAUGCGGCCCGUAAAGUUGAUGACCAAAGUCUUUGGCUAUGCCCCAGCAAAAAAUGACUUUCUAUUUGAAAGGCGCCUUCAAAACUUUAUAUUCGAUAUUCUUAUGCAACACUCUAGAGGGAAAUCUGCCUUGAUUUUCUGCUCAACCAGAAAAGGAGCACAAGAAGCAGCAGUACGUCUCUCUCAGACAGCGAUGAGCUUUGGUCAUUCAAAUCCAUUUAUAAAGUAUACAGAACAACAGGAGAAGCUGAAGGAAGCUUCUCUAUCAUGCAGCGAUAAACAAAUGCAAUCAUGUAUUCUCUAUGGUGUUGGAUAUCACAAUGGUGGACUUUGCCAAAAAGAUCGCAAUCUGAUCGAAGGUCUUUUUCUCAAGAGUGAUCUUCAAAUCCUAUGUACUACAAAUACUCUUGCGCAUGGAAUCAACUUACCGGCACAUACUGUAAUAAUUAAAUCAACACAAUACUUUAACAAGGAGAAAGGCCUUUACAUGGAAUAUGAUCGCUCCAUGGUACUACAGAUGAGCGGGAGGGCAGGUCGUCCACCAUUUGAUGACACUGGCCUAGUUAUAAUCAUGACAAGAAGAGAAACAGUUCAUUUGUAUGAAAAUCUCUUGAGUGGAUGUGAAAUGGUGGAAUCUCAGUUACUUUCAUGCAUCACUGAGCAUCUAACUGCUGAAAUAGUUCAGCUGACUGUCUCUGAUAUAACUCGGGCAAUUGAGUGGAUGAAGUGCUCCUACCUGUAUUUGCGAAUGAAGAAGAACCCGAAGAAUUAUGCAGUUAAGAAUGGAAUUCCUACUGAGCGUCUGGAGAAGCAUAUGCAUGAGAUUUGUGUUCAGAAAGUUAAUGAGUUAUCAAGAUAUGGAAUGAUCUGGACUGAUGAAUAUGGUUUCCUUUUGAAGCCAUUAGAACCUGGAAAGCUGAUGACAAAAUAUUAUCUGAAAUUUGACACAAUGAAACACAUCAUACAAUCCCCUGAAAACUGCAGCUUGGAAGAUGCACUUCAUAUUAUUUGCCGCUCUGAGGAGCUCGCCUGGAUGCAACUCCGACGCAAUGAGAAGAAGUUUCUAAAUGACAUCAAUGCUGAUAAAGAUGGUCGACUUCGCUUCCACAUCCUCGGCGGAAAUGGGAAGCGGAAAAAGCGUAUUCAAACAAGAGAAGAGAAAAUAUUUGUGUUGGCAAGUGAUUGUUUGACUGGUGAUCCUUCGGUUCAUGAUUUAUCCCUCAACCAGGAUAUGAACUCAAUAUGCUCAAAUGGCUGCAGAAUUGCGAAGUGCAUGAAAGAAUACUUUGCUUAUAAAAAGAAUUACAAGGGAACUAUGAACUCUACUCUUCUAGCCAAAUGUUUACACCAAAGACUCUGGGAUGACAGUAUUUACUUGCUGAAACAACUACCAGGCAUUGGAAUGGUGACUGCCAAGGCACUUAAUGCAGCAGGAAUAAAUUCAUUUGCGACUUUGUCAGAAGCUGAUCCAAGAAGAAUCGAGAUUGUUACUGGUAGGAAAUUCCCCUUUGGGAAUCAUAUCAAGGAGACCCUAUCAUCACUUCCUCCAAAAGUUGAGAUGCGGGUUGAGGAGAUAGAAUGCCGAAGCCAAGGAAAGUCAAAAUUAGUAAUAACGUUGACUCGGCUAUCUCAGUCAGUACCAUUACUGAAGCGGCAUUAUGCUGAUAUGGUUGUUGGUUUGGAGACGGAUAAUCUGAUCCUCUUUCAAGAGAAAAUAAGCAGAGUUGAUGAAUUUUCCAGCCCCUAUAGCACGACAAUUCUCGUGCCAAAUCCACAGCGAGGAACACUAACUGUAAAAGCUGAUCUGAUGUUCGAAGAAUACAUUGGGCUUGAUCUCCAUGAAACCCUUCUAGUGACAAGGAAAAAUGUUUUGAACACGAUCCCAAGCGGAAGUAAGCAACCAAUACCUGCUUAUUCUGUUCCCAAGGAAAUCUAUGUGGUAGAAGAGGAUGAUGAGAAAAGUACUUCCCAAGUUCUUAUUGAAGAGCUUCCCAUUCUAAGAGAAUCCAAAUGGGAGAAUGUUUCUAUGCCCAGUUUCAACCUCCUCCAGGAUGACAUGGAUGAAGGUGUUUUUACCGAAACUGAAGAACCCGAAUGUGAAAUUCUUACUGAGAAAACUAUAUUUGACCACAUACGGAGAAAAGCUAAGAACUUUCCUGUAUUGGCCACAACAAAAACCAUUGAUUCAUCUUCUUCAUCUCCGGAGUUAUUGAUCCUGACAAGGAAACGUACACGUGAGAAACAGCUUCAACUAUAUGGUGCGACUGAGGUACUUACAGUAGAAACAGAUACAACAGAAAUCCCGAGAGAUAUUGUGGUCAUUCCAGAUCAGGACUCCAGAACGAUAAGGCAAUUCAGUUAUGGUAGUGGUGAAGGUGCAGCCAUGAAGAACCAGAUUGUCUCCAAAAGCUCAAGCAGCUCCAAUGUCGUAGUGGAGCAAAUGCCCGCAGGUGCAAUGGAACCUGAAGUUUUCAUCCCAGCAGGAAAACGCUUUUGGGAAAACCAACCCCACUUCCAGCGUUUCAUUACUGUACUGGAAGAAGCUGAUCCAGAUAGAAACCAGAGUGAAACUGUGAUCCUUCCCUACUCAGAACCCCGAGAGAGUGGAGAAAAGAAAACAUCUGCUCAAGUCCUGGCAAACUUGAGUGAACCUGGAAACCUAGAUCAUUCUUGGGAAGUUUCGAGCGCAACUACUAUGGCAAUGUCACCUUCCGACGUCUUCUCGAUGAAAAAAGUAAGGAUGGGAGAAGAGGGAAGUCCUGCUAUGCCAUCAAGAAGUACAGGAGACAUUAGUAACGAGCAGCAACUAGCUUCAAAUGAAUCAUAUAGGCAAUUGAGCAGACCUGAUCAUUCUUGGGAAGUUUUGAGCCCGACUACUAUGGUAGUGUCACCUUCCAACGUCUUCUCGGUGAAAAAAUUAAGGACGGGAGAAAAGGGAAGUCCUGUUAUGCCAUUAAGAAGUACAGGAGACAGUAGUAAUGAGCAACAACUAGCUUCAAAUGGAUCAUAUGGGCAAUCUUGCUCGUUGAAGACAAUCGGUGGAAACAGGGAAGUAGCAUCUUUUCUCAGGUUUGAGAGUGUCUUUUCAUUUCUGUGA